GCCUCUCCAACACACACGCCUCUUCUUACACUCUGUUAUAUUGAUAACACCGAGUGCAUUGAAUCCAACAACGACGGAGAAGAAGAUGAAGGUUCUGGAGAAGUGGUUGGCCUUGCUGUACCCGAGAGUGCAGGGAGGAGGAGGAAGAGAGGAAGAGUGCUGUAGUGUUUGUCUAAUGAGAAUGGAGGCAAAAGAUGUCAUCAAGUCUCUUCCUUGUUCCCAUGAGUUUCAUAGUCUAUGCGUCGAUACGUGGUUCAAUGUCAGCCGCAAGAUUUGCUGUCCUCUUUGCCGCUUUUCACCUGCUACCAUUCUCCUCACCGAUGAACUUCUCCUCUGGUUCUCUUCUUUUCAUUUCUGAUUCCUUGUGUCUAUGUAUUCCUGCUUUUCUGGGAAUAAUACUUUAAAAUCUCUUGUUGUACUAGUUUUCCAUUCAAGGGGGAAUGUCUAAGAAGUUUGAUUCCUCUCUGGACAAAAAGAUAAAAAGAGAGAAGAAAAAAAAUGAGAAAGACAUAAUUAA